AUGCUUGAGGGGAGGAACGUACGUGGAAUAUCCAUGGUGUUCGCGAGAGCUUCUGCCGAAAUGUGUUACUCCAUGGGGGACGAAACGGUGUCCAGGCUGUUCCGCGUGAGACGGACAAUCUUCGAGAUGCUACACGAUCGCGGGUACCUAGUAGCUGAUCGCGAGCUCAGAGCGACCAAGGAUGAUUUCAGAGACCAAUUCGGGGACGACCCUCAACGAGACGAUCUCACGCUACUGAAGCAGAAGAGAGACAAUCCUAGCGACGAGAUCUACGUGUUCUUCCCGGUGGAGUCGAAGGUGGGCAUCAAGACGCUCAAGGGGUACUACGAGAAGAUGAAGGGGUCGGGGCUUUCACGCGCCAUCAUGGUCGUGCAGCAGAACCUCACGCCUUUCUCCAAGAAGAUCCUUGCUGACAUGGCGCCCAAGUACAUUAUUGAGGUCUUCCAGGAGGGCGAGCUGUUGGUGAAUGUGACAAAGCAUGAGUUGGUGCCGCAGCACGUGGUGUUGACAGACGAGGAGAAGCACAUUCUGCUGGAGAGAUACACAGUCAAGGAGCACCAGCUGCCCCGCAUGCAGAGGAGUGAUCCGGUGGCGCGGUACUUCGGUCUCAACAGAGGGCAGGUGGUGAAGGUUCUCAGAAACAGUGAAACUGCUGGCAGAUAUAUCAAUUACCGGCUUGUGAAUCUUAUUAACGACCAGCGGUACCGCUUCGACAAUGCUACUAGCCCGUCGCUCUAUUUUCAGUUUCCGCCCUACUCACCCACGCCGGUCGCCUCCUCGCCGCUCCCCAAGCGAGCAACGGACACAUUUGAGCCGCUCAAGGCACCCAGGGGAGGCUCGGCAUGGGGCACCCUUCUAGCAGCGCUGGCAGUGGUGGUGCUGCUGGCGUGCGCGCCCCUCUCCUGGCGCCUCAGCACCAAGCCGUGGCGCCCGCACCUCUUCCCGCCAGUGUGCCGCCCGCCCACGCACGUGCACGCUCAGGCAGACCAGCUGCCCCGCCUGUUCAUGUUCAUUGGGACUGAGGGGAGCGGGCACGAUCUGUUUGAGUACAUUUUCAGCUACCUGCCAGUGAACAUCAGCAUAGACCGCUUCAACCCUGACCUGCACCUGACCUCAUCGCCAGGGCAGAAGGUGGCAUCAGCACAGGACCCCACCGGCGCAACAGUUGACUGCCCCAAGCUGCCCUACUCACGCCACGUCUACGACUUUGGUGUCCGCAUGUCGUCCGCCCUCAAGUCCAAGCUCCAGGACACAAAUUACUACUUGCGUGCCAGGGACCCCUUCCCCAUGGGGCGCAUUCGCACGCCGCUGGCUCGCCCCGACCUCAUCUCGCUCGCCACAUUCCAUGGCAUCCUGUACAACCUCAAGCUCGUGGUGCUAGUGCGCAACCUCACAGACACCGUCCUCUGGUCGGUGCUGCGGCGCUUCCACAACGACGACGUGGGGCUGCAGGCGAGGCUGAUCGAGGACAGCAUGGUCUACAUCGAUGCCUCGCUCCGGACUCUGCCUUGCGGCACGUUCAGCCUCAUUGACGUCGAUGCGCUUGUCAAGAGACCCAAGACUGCCUCCACUGCUCUGGCUCAGUUUCUGGGCCUACCCGGAGUGGCCAAGGAGGAGGUGUUCAGUGCGAUACAGCGCGGUAGGGAGAAGUGGGAGCCGACGCUCACAGUGCAGAGCGGGCUGGGUGCAACAGCAGACGGGGACGAGGCAGCAGAGGUCACAUUCGACGGGCAGGCACUGGAAGUGCGUCGCUUCGCCGCGAAUGGCGCCGGACUUGCCGCAGAGGGUCCACUGGGGAUUCCCGUCGGCGUUCUGAUAGGAUUCGUCACACUCGUCGCAUGCAUAAUCGCCACGGGGUACUAUGCGACGUCGCGUGCGAAUCAGGAGGCCGCCGAGGCGAAAGCGAAGCUCGCAGAGAUGGAGAAGCGAUGGGCGGAGCGAGGGGGGUUGUCGCAGUCGCAGGCAGCCCAGGCAGAACAGCCGCUGGGAGGGCUAGGAAACAUGCAGGCAGGAGGGAUGAGCCAGAUGAAGAUGGAUGCAGGUCGGUAUUGUGUGGUCAUGGUGGUCGCCCCAGAAGCAGCAGCAGCAGCAUCAGCGGGUCUAGCCACAUGCUCUGCAGACUUAAAGCGAGCGAAGCAGCAGCUGCGGAUUGCACGGGGGUGGGUGCGGGAAGGGCUUGAGCACUGUGUGAAGCUGAGGAAGAAAUACUCCAAGGCCCGGCACAAGUGGCAAACGCGCAAGGGGAAGGGCGGUGCUGGUGGUGGUGGUGCUGCUGCUGAUGGUGAUAGUGGUUACGGUGAUGGGAUUGGAGCGCUUUUUGACAAGCAUGGGCAUGGGGAUGGUAGUGGUGGUGAUGAUGAUAAAGAUGAUGCUGAUGCUCAUAAGAAUGACCAUGACCAUGACCAUGACCAUGACCAUAGCCAUGACCAUGACCAUGACCACGACCAUGACCAUGACCAUGACCAUGACCAUGACCAUGACCACAGCCAUGAGCAUGAGGAUCAGGAUGACCAUGACCACGACCAUGACCACGACCAUGACCACGACCAUGACCAUGACCAUGACCAUGACCAUGACCAUGACCAUGACCAUGACGAAGGGCAUGAGCAUGAGCACAAUGAUGAGGAUGCGGACCACGAUGACCAUGACCACGAGGGAGCGGAUGAGGGCAAUCAUGAUAGUGAGCAUGAUGGGCAUAGUAAUGAGCAUGGUGACAAUCCCAAGAGAAAAACUUCCAAGCACGGUGAAGAGGAUGAUGAGAAGGACGAUGAGGAUAAGGAGGAUACGGAGGAUGAGCAUGGCAAGGACAAACAUGGUGAUGGGGAGGAAAAGCAUGAUAAGGAUGGUGAUAGUGAUGAGGAAGAUGAUAAGGAUGAUGAUGCUGACCAUGACGUGAAGGUUGGUAUGGGUGUAUAA